UAAUUAAGAUUGAGGAUUUUGCUCAUGGCCUCUGGUUGAAGCGGAGCAAGAGGGAAUUGUGAAUCGCUGGCCAUAUAAAACCCAGUGAUUCCUCGCAUUUGCUUCCCUUUCUCCGCCUCUUUCGUCUCUUGCUUUGCUGCUUGGAAUGGGGAUUUGAGAGCUAGGGUUGGGUUUGAUUCGUUUUGAAAGUUUGGUGGAAGUGGGAAUGUGGAACUUGGAGCCGCUUGAUGCGCUCCUGGCAGUGCUCAGCAGGGCUUUUUGUAGUCCUCUCGCGAUUUUCAUCCAGAUCCAGGGAUGUGUGAUCUGUUUAACUCUUGCCAUUGGUUGGUGUGGUGCUGCCUAUGUCAGGAAUAGAGAAAUUAGGCGCAUGAAGAAGGAUGCUAAUGGUGGUAAUUACUUUUCUUUUAUUUGUCAAGAUAUAAAUGAUCUUGAACAUUCUGCUCAAGUCAACUUGCCAAGAGUUUCAGUCAUCAUGCCUUUAAAGGGCUUUGGAGAGCAUAAUUUGCAGAACUGGAGAAGUCAGAUCACUUCUCUUUAUGGCGGGCCACUGGAGUUUCUUUUUGUUGUAGAAAGUGUUGAUGAUCCAGCUUACCAUGUUGUUUCAGGUUUGAUCUCAAAGUUUAAGGACAGUGUGGAAGCAAGGAUUAUUGUAGCUGGUAUAUCAACAAUAUGCAGUCAGAAAAUCCAUAAUCAGUUAGCUGGUAUUGAAAAUAUGCAUAAAGACAGCAAAUAUGUCUUAUUUCUGGAUGAUGAUGUCAGACUUCAUCCUGGGUCCAUUGGGGCUCUAACUGCAGAAAUGCAGAAAAAUCCUGAGAUAUUUAUUCAAACUGGAUAUCCACUUGACCUGCCUUCUGGAAGCUUGGGAAGCUACUGCAUUUAUGAAUACCAUAUGCCUUGCUCCAUGGGAUUUGCAACUGGUGGAAAGACUUUUUUUCUGUGGGGUGGUUGUAUGAUGAUGCAUGCCAAUGAUUUCAGAGAAGACUUGUAUGGUGUUGUCAGUGGACUGAGAGAUGGUGGAUACUCGGAUGAUAUGACACUUGCUGCCAUAGCUGGGGAGCACAAAAGGCUUAUUACAUCACCACCAGUUGCUGUCUUUCCUCAUCCUCUUGCCAGUGAUCUUAGCUUUUCAAGAUACUGGAAUUACCUAAGGAAGCAAACAUUUGUUCUUGAAUCAUAUAUUUCAAAUGUCAACUGGUUGAUGAAUCGUGCAUUAUUUUCUUCACACUGCUAUUUAUCCUGGGGGUUUGUUUGGCCAUAUUUCAUGGCAUUGACGCACUUUUUGGCUGCCUUAAGAUCACUAUAUAGUGAUCGUCUUUCUAGAGAAUUAAAGGUGUCUUCUUGUGGUCUGACACUUGCAAGCUGCCUGGUUGUAUGCACAGUUAUAGAACUCCUCUCUAUGUGGAACUUGACCAAAGUGGAAAUUCAGUUAUGCAACAUGUUAUCACCAGAGGGGCCCAGAGUAUCACUUAAGUCAUACAAUUGGGGACUUAUAUUUCUUGCCAUGCUGGUAGACAAUUUCUUAUACCCCAUAUCUGCAAUCCGUUCUCAUUUUUCGCAAUAUAUUAACUGGUCUGGAGUUCGAUAUUACUUGCGAGAAGGAAAAAUUAGCAAGGCCCACGUCUCCCCCUCCGAUCGCACCCCUGAACUCGGCUUCGUCCUUAGAGCCACAAUCGCUGACCUCAUCCCCCUCCCCAUGCCCACCAUCACUGCCGUCACUGGCCACGCCGCUGCUAGUGGGUUCAUCAUUGCCCGCGCGCACGACUAUGUCGGCGACCGGGGAUUCAUCUACAUGAGCGAGCUGGACAUCGGCGUGCCAAUCGCUAGGUACGCGAUGUCGGAGUUGAGAUCGAGGAUUUUCGGAUACGAGUGCGAUGAGGGAUUUGUUGCUGAGACCGGAGAAGAUGAAGGCAGGGGAAGCAGAGAGGAAGGGGCGAUUGAUAGGACAGUGGAGGGAGGGACGGAGGUGAUGGCCGUGAGGGCACUCAUGAGGAUAUCUCAAGGGCUUUCAUUUCUAAGGUUUGAAGAACAAGAAAGAUGUGGAGGUUUUUUUAUAAUUUGA